AUGGCCGAUGCACAAAAGAAUGUUAGAGAGAGAGAGAAGGCCAUGUUUAAGACAAAUCAAGGACUUCCCAAGCCACUGCCUAGGGGGGGCAAAUCUUCAGAUAAGCCCCCUCUCAGAUUGUACACCGGAGACCCAGCUGGUUUUCUCCAUAUCCCUUUCACUUCUGACGCCUUAGCCAAGGCCCUUCGAUAG